AUAUAGGAAGCGUAAAAAUAACACGCACUGCAGCCCGUAAAUACGCACACACAUAGUAAAGCGGUCUGAUACUGUGCUGUCGGAGUCUAGUCCGAUGAUAAUCGUCAUAUGUAUCUGGGCUGUCAGGCUGAUCUGGUUAGAGAAUGAGUUGAAAGCCAGUUUGGCUUGUUUGACAUCUGCGCUUUCAGCUCAUGCAACAACAUUCCUGGAUCAAGCUUCGGGUCAGGACCGAGUUUCGACGAGCUGCUUUUGUUCAGUCAGACAGGGCUUGGAGGAAUAUUUUCAAGAUCAAAAAGCUGCCAGUGGAAAACUGCAGGAAACACUCAGAUCACAUGGGAUUUGGAUCAUUCACACGACGGAUGUGAUUUCACGGGGAAUGACUCGACAUGGGAAUUAACACACUCGGGCUGGAUCUGUCGUCCACGAAUGAAUGUGGCAUUUGGACAAACUCCUUCUGGCCGGAUGUUGACACCAUGAGCCAUCUGGGAUAUUAACUGUAUCGUUUACUGGAAUAUUGCUGCCUACAUGCUCACGGCUUGCAGUGCGGAAUGGCAUCGACCGAGAGGCUGUAUGAGGUUUGGAUGCUGUACUGCAAUAAGAAGGAUCCAGACUACCUGAAGCUCUGGCUGGAGGUCUUCAUCGGAUCCUAUGAGAGAUGUCUGGAUGUGGACUUCGAGAAACCGGCCACCAGGUUGGAGGACACGCCCCCUGUCUUGUCACUGCUCCCUGAUAACAUCCUGCAGGUCUUGCGUCUGCAGCUGCUGCAGUGUGUGCAGAAAGCAUCCGAGGGUCUGGAGGCCGAGCAGCAGACGCUGGCUCUACUGCUGCUCAAGUUCCUCAUCGUCAUCUGCAGGAACCUGUCAAACGUGGAGGAGAUCGGUGCCUGUUCCUACAUCAACCACAUCGUCACCAUGACAACGCUCUACAUCCAACAGCUGAAGAGUAAGACUAAAGAGAAAGAGCUGGUAGACCAGACGCAAGCCGAGGAGUUUGUCCGUCACGCUUUGGCCUUCUGCGAGAGUCUGUACGAUCCCUAUCACAACUGGAGGCAUCGCAUUCACGGACAACAGCUCAGCACUGUAGAAAGAAGCAGACAGAAAUUCAAAGCAGCAUCGCUUACAGUAGAGUUUGUGCCCUUCUUUUACCAGUGUUUCCAAGAGAGCGAGCACCUGAAGGACAGUCUUAAAUGUUGUCUUUUGCACCUGUUUGGAGCCAUCGUCGCAGGUGGACAGCGUAACGCUCUGUUGGCCAUCUCGCCGGCCACGAUGGAGGUGCUGAUGGGAGUUUUGGGUGGAGGUGAGUGUCUGACUGGUGAUGGAGAGGACUGGGACAGCGAGGCUCCCGAUAGGAAAGCGCUGCUGACGCUGGGCUGUUUGAGAGAGGUGGUGCACAGUCUCCUGGCCAGCAGCUCUGAUCAGAGACAGGUGGAGAUCAGCUCCGUGCUGGAGAGUUACUUUAAACUGCUCAACUCCGACCCUGCCGCCACUGCGCAGGUCAAAGGUCGACCCUCCCCGCCCCGCUCCCGACACUGGGAGAGCCGCUUUGUGACGUUACAGGUGAACAUGCUUGAAACCAUCCAGGACAUGUUCGAGUGCAAGGACCGCCCAGUUUUGCAGGCGAUCUUCCUGAACAGUAACUGCUUUGAGCACCUGACCCGACUCCUGCAGAACAGCAAGCUGGUUAACGCUAGGUGCACAGCUGCAGACAAGGACCAGAAAGAUUUAACCAACAGGUUACUGACAGGAGAGAGUGAUAUUCAGGUGUUCCAAGGGAGGCUCGACUCUCUCGCCGUGGCGACCAUCAAAACUCUCACGACAGUGAUGCUCAAGUCUCCUGCUGCGAAGGAAGUGUUUAAGGAGAGGAUUGGCUAUACGCACCUGUUUGAGGUGCUGGUGUCACUGGGCCAACCGUCAAGACACCUGCUGAAGGAACUCAUGAAUAUGGCAGUUGAAGGUGAACAUUCCUCCGUAGGUCUUCUGGGCAUCAGCAACGUGGACCCUCUUUUGCUGCUCAUCCAGUGGCUUCCAGAGCUGGACUCUGCCGAGCUACAGAUCUUCGCUGCUGACUGGGUCCGCCGCAUCUGCGGUCUGAACCGGCGGACGCGAGCCACCUGCGUCAACUCCUCCAUGACCCUCAGAGUUCUGACAGCUCUGGAGAGGCACGAUCGGCUACACCGGGUCUGUGCCGAGAGCCUGGUGGGUCUGCUGGGCUCGCUGGGCAGCCAAUCGCUGAGCUCCACUGAACUCCAGCACCUGCUGAGGCUACUGCGUCAGGACGAAUCAUGCCGCGCUCACCCGUACGUGGGUCCCGUACUGAGGGCUCUCCUCGGCAUGGUGCGCAAACAGGGCCUGGAGAGUGCCAUGCAGUAUUUUGACCUGUCUCCGCCUAUGGCUGGCAUAGCUGUGCCGACCAUGCUGCGUUGGCCGGGCUCCGCCUUCAGCUUCUUUGCUUGGCUCUCAUUGGACCAAGAUCAGCUGGGCCCGCCCAGUAAAGGAGAGAAGAGAAAACAGUUGUAUAGCUUUUUCACUCCAGGCGGAACCGGGUUCGAGGCCUUUAUCAGUUCAGCUGGAUUGCUUGUAGUUGCCGUGUGCACCAAGAAAGAAUAUGUCACCGUCAUGCUGCCUGACUACUGUUUCUGUGAUUCGCUGUGGCACAGUAUUGGUGUAGUUCACGUACCCGGGAAGAGGCCAUUCGGCCAAAGUUUGGUUUAUAUUUAUGUGGAUGGACAGCAGAAGUUAUCAGCACCUCUAAAAUACCCAACCAUGACUGAGGCCUUCACAUCAUGCUGCAUCGGUUCCGCGGGUCACCGCACCACAACCCCUCCCCCCUCUCAAAUACCAGAUCCUCCGUUCUCGGGGGGAAACAUCUCCGGCCGCUCAUCGUUGGGCGGUAUCCUCCCGGGUUGGGGCGGAUUGAUGGGGACCAAGCCUGAAUCCGUCACCAAGCUUAUUUCCGCAGGUACUCAGGACAGCGAGUGGGGCAGCCCCACAUCACUGCAGGGGCAGCUGGGAAAUGUCAUGGUGUUCCAUGAGCCCCUUCAAGCCAGUCAUGUCAAAGCUCUAUGCAGCCCAGGACCAAACUGUAUCUCUCCCCUUAAGAGCCAAGAGGCCGAGCUCGGAGACAUGGCAAGCAAACUUUUGCUACAUUAUUCUCCAAAGGCUUGUAAGAAACCAAUAUGCCUGGACCUGUCCCCUAAUAUGCUGCAUGGUCGCCUGACGGGAAAUAAAGUGGUUAACUGGGAAAUCAAAGACAUGAUAAACUGUGUCGGAGGUCUCUCUGUGAUACUGCCUGUAUUAGAACAGUUGACACUGUUGACCCCUGAGUUGCAUCACGUCGACCCCUCGGGGUCAGAGUUCAUCACCCCUGACUCUGCAACGCCCGCUGAUGGAGACUGGGUCAUACUGCCCUCAAACAGGGCGUCGGAAGCGAGACUGGAGAAGAAUCUGGUGGCAACAUUCUUGCUGGUGAUCAAACAUUUCCUGCAGAGGCACCCCAUAAACCAGGAAACCCUUCUGCACUCGCAUGCUGUGGCCGCGUUAGGAGCUCUGCUUCAGAAGUUGCCUGCGUUCCUGGUGGACGUGAGCGUGCUGGUGGCCGUUCAGCUGCUGAUCGAGCAGGUGACAUAUGAGAAGAACUCGCAGCUUCUGCAGCAGCUGCACACACACCUGCUCUUCAACUUCAACAUCUGGAACCAGGGAGAUUUCCCGCUUCGCAUUGGUCACAUCCAAUACAUGUCCACCGUCAUCAAAGACAACAGGAAGCACUUCAGGAAGAAAUGCGGAGUUCAGUUCCUGCUAGAUACCAUCCGACUUUACUACGGUUGUGGAAGUAAAGAUGGAGAUUUGAGCGAAGACGACGUAAAGACAAUCAGAGCCUCUCUCUGUGGCCUUCUCAAGUAUUACAUCAGCAAGGGCACCACCCAGGAGGAGAUCCAGAGCAUUCUGGGAUACAUUGCUGCCACUGGAGAUGAGGAACAGCUGUGUGGGAUAUUGGGGCUGCUGUUGACUCUGCUGCAGACCAGCGCGUCACGUGUCCAACUCUUCCUGCUGCUGUUUGAACCCGGAGCGGCCGACUCCUGCUACGCCCUGCUGCUCAACAACAAACACUCAGACCGCCUCAGAGAGCUCAUCUUCAAGUUGUUUGAACGGAUGCUAAUGUGCGAUCGUGUUUAUGAGAAGAGUAAACACAGGUUACGUUUGAGGGAUGGGGGAUAUUCUGGGCUCAGUCUACUGUUCUCGGAUGUGCAACUCACAUCCACCCUGAUCAAGUGCCUCCUUCACCAAGUGCUCAACACCGAUACUGUGGUGAACUAUAAAGACCUGCUGGCUCUGGUUCAGCUGACCCACAAAGCUGGGCCCAGUGUUCGCCUGAUCGUGUGCAGGAGGCUGUAUGCAUUGUUGCAGUCUCAGCAGGAUGCUGCACUGCAGAUCUCCAAGCAGAUAUGUUGGCAAGACACCCUCAUGCGUUUGUUUGUCCGGAGCCCGGGGAGCGACGGAGGUUCAGGCCGUGGCGACGCCGCCAGCCUGGGGAGUUUCGAGCUGAGCCGCAGCAGCGGAGGAAACCGCCUCGAACCUCCGCUGGAGCGCAGGCCGCUGUGUGACAGCAUCGGGAGACUGAACGAAGAGCGAGACAACAUCAGUGUCGGAGACAGUAGAUCCAUAGACAGUCUUGAUAAUGGAGAGGUGAUGUCCCUCUCCGACACCCCGGGGGACGCGGCGACACCCAAAGCUUGGAUUGGGAAGGCGGGGAUUCUGAGUUUGGAUCUUUCUCAGGUGCAUCUGUUCGACCGAGGGGACAGCGGCAGUCAGACACCUGGAAGCAUGCCCAGCACUCCAUCUCCCAUAGAAAAUGCCAAAACUUUCCUUGGAAGUUCCUCUUUGAACGAUGACAGCUUCCUGUUUAGUGAUAACAUGUCUCUUGGAGAGUCUUUUAAUAGUGUGGAGCGCACAGAGGAGGAACUAGCUUCUUUGUUGUUGGAGAUUGUGUUGUGCGUCAUGUGGCGGGGCGUGGAGGGCUCGGACGACACUGCAUGGCUGGAAAGGGGGCAAGUGUUCUCUUCCCUUACCAAACUGGGCACCGCCAAUGAGCUGCUUCUGCCCGUCGAUCACAUCAAACUCAGCCUCAUGGAGAGGAUGUUGGAAUGGGCCGUGACGGACAACCAUGAUGCAUCGGCUGCUACGUUACCCCAACACACGGAGAACGCGGUGCGCCUUCUACACUUGGUGCAGGACUUCCUGCAGGCUGAAGGUCUGGUGAACCCCGCGCUGUGGACGGAGAAAGUUCUUGAGGGGACGGUUACUCUGAUGGACGGGCUGAUGGUGUGGUACACUUCGGGGACGCAGUGGCUCCAGCUGUGUCAGGUGGGACUACGGCUGCUGCUCGGCUUUAUGGCACAGGAAGAUCCACAGGUGUGCGCCAUGGCUACGGCUAAGCUGAAUGGCAUCCUACAAACAAAGACUGUGGACUCUCAGGACGAGGCCUGUUAUCUUCUCGGUUGUGUGGAGGGGAUCCUCAGACGUGCCGUGAGCGAGGAAAGGACGGAGGAGACUUACUCUUAUUUAGUGCCUCUCCUGCGAACUCUCCUGUCCAAAGUCCACAAGCUGCUGUACAUGGAGCUGCACCUCCCCUCUCUCCCCGACACCAACGGAAGCCCGUCUUUCUUCGAGGACUUUCAGCUCUACUGUAAUUCUCCAGAGUGGAGGGUCUACCUGGAUAAAUACAUCAUCCCCUACAUGAAGCAGUAUGAGAUCGAGAUGUUCAGUCAGGGUCACGAGAACAUGGCUCUGUACUGGAAGGACUGCUACGAGGCCUUCAUGCUCAACCUGCACCGCAGAGAUCGAGAGAGAGGAGAGAGCAAGAUACGCUUUCAGGAGCAGUUUGUGGAGCCGUUCAGUCGCCGUAGCCGUCAGGAGAACCUGAGGUACAACAGCAUGCUGAAACAAAUCCACACACAAAACAGCGCCAUCCUCAGGCAGUGGAGAGCAGCGCGCCGAGGGCUCUUCUGUGAAAGAGGUCCGUGGGUGGACAAGCAGCAGAAAGACGUACACUGGAAGCUUUCCAGCGCCGAGAACUACUCUCGCAUGCGGCUGAAACUGGUGAGGAACUACACCUUUGACCUUCACAAGGAAGCCAGCGCCUUGAGAGACAACUUCGGUGUGCAGCAUCGGCAGUUGAACGCUGAGUCGCUUUUGUUAGAAGCGGUGAAACAGGUGAAGGUCAGUGACCUUGAAGACGAUGUCCUGGAGCUCCUGGAGGAGGACCCAGCAUCAGCCAAUCAGGCUGAUUCAGAGGAAGCGAGUCAGAAGGAGAAGUUAGUGAUCUCUGAGGACUGCCAGCUGGUCACGGUGGUGGACGUGUAUCCAGGUCGCCUGGAGCUCACCACCCAACACAUUUACUUCUACGACAGCAGCGCAGAGAAAGAGGAAGGUGUGGGUCAGGAUUUUAAAUGGCCUCUGUCUCAGAUCAGAGAGAUCCACCUGCGCAGGUACAAUCUCCGGCGCUCUGCUCUGGAGAUCUUCCUCAUCGACCAGACCAACUACUUCCUCAACUUUACAAAGGAGGUGCGUAAUAAAGUCUACAGUCGAAUGCUUCUGCUGCGAUCUCUCUCUCUGCACGCCACACGCUCGCCUCAGGAACUGCUCAAAGCCUCUGGACUCACUCAGAAAUGGGUGAACAGGGAGAUCUCCAAUUUUGACUACCUGAUGCAACUGAACACCAUUGCGGGAAGAACGUACAAUGAUCUCGCUCAGUAUCCUGUGUUUCCCUGGAUCCUGUCGGAUUAUACAUCUGAAGAGCUGGAUCUGACAGACCCGCGGGUGUUCAGAGAUCUUUCCAAACCUGUGGCGGUGCUGAAUGAGAGGAACGCCAAAGCGGUCCGAGAGAAGUACGAGAAUUUUGAAGACCCCACGGGCACCAUCGACCGUUUUCACUACGGCACCCACUACUCAAACGCGGCUGGAGUCAUGCAUUACCUCAUCAGGGUCGAACCCUUCACCUCCCUGCACAUACAGCUCCAGAGCGGCAGGUUCGACUGCGCAGACCGACAGUUUCACUCAAUUCCUGCCACCUGGCAGACGCUCAUGGACAACCCCAAUGACGUCAAAGAGCUCAUCCCAGAAUUCUUUUACUUCGCAGAGUUCUUGGAAAACCAGAAUGGUUUUGACUUGGGUCGUCUGCAGAUCUCUAAGGAGCGGGUGAAUGAUGUCAUCCUGCCUAAAUGGGCCAAAUCUCCAGAGGAUUUCAUCUACAAGCACCGCAAAGCCCUGGAAUCCGAGUAUGUGUCUGCUCACCUGCAUGAAUGGAUUGAUCUGAUCUUCGGUUUUAAACAGAGGGGUCCCGCUGCAGUCGAGGCCCUUAAUGUCUUCUACUACUGUACAUAUGAAGGAGCUGUUGAUUUAGAUGCUAUCACAGACGAAAAGGAGAGGAAAGCUCUGGAAGGCAUGAUCAGUAACUUUGGACAGACACCUUGCCAGUUACUGAAGGAGCCACAUCCUGUACGUCUUUCUCUGGAGGAUCUGGAGAAGAGGAGGUCUCGUCUGGACUCCUGUCCUCUCAACAUCUUCGAGCAUCUCACUGAACUCAAAUCAUUCUUUGUUGAGGGCAUCAAUGAUAAUGUUCCUCUGGUUAAAGCCGUGGUCCCCAAGAACCAAUCACAUUCCUUUAUCUCACAGGGAAGUCCGGACACUCUGGUAACAUUGAGUCAGAAUUGUUUGAUGGGAAUGCAUGGUUGGCUGCCUUACGACAAAACCAUAUCCAACUAUUUCACCUUCAUCAAAGACCCCACAGUCGCCAGUCCGAAGACUCAGAGGUUCGUAGCGGGUCCGUUCUCUCCAGGGGUUGAGGUCUCCGCUCAGCUGUUUGUUGUAUCUCACGAUGGAAAGCUGCUCUUCAGCGGAGGCCACUGGGACAACAGCUUGAGAGUGACGUCACUCGUGAAGGGCAAAACAGUGGGGCAGCACAUCCGUCACAUGGACAUUGUGACGUGUUUGGCCACUGAUCACUUUGGGAUUCACCUGAUCUCUGGCUCCAGAGACACCACCUGUAUGGUGUGGCAGGUGCUUCAACAGGGUGGUGCUCCGGUGGGUCUGUCCUCUAAGCCCGUGCAGGUGUUGUACGGACACAUUGAUGAAGUUGUCAGCGUGUCUAUCAGUACAGAGCUGGAUAUGGCCGUUUCUGGAUCAAGGGACGGAACAGUGAUCAUUCACUCUGUGAGGAGAGGUCAGUACAUGCGCUCCCUGCGGCCGCCGUGCGAAAGCUCUCUGCCCAUGUCCAUCAUGCACCUGGCUGUGUCCUGGGAGGGGCAUUUAGUGGUGCACACCUGCAUUGAAGGCAAAGCCACCUUAAAGGACAAGAACGCUCUGCACUUGUACUCUGUUAAUGGAAAACACCUGUGCAGUGCUUCUCUGAAGGAGCAGGUGACAGACCUGUGUGUUUCAGGAGAAUAUGUCGUGAUCGGAAGUGAACAAGGUUUCCUGUCUGUCAGAGAUCUCUACAGCCUGACUCUUUGCGUGUCACUGAUGGCGAUGCGCGUGCCCAUCCGGUGUGUUUCUGUGACUAAGGAACAGUCUCACGUGCUGGUGGGACUUGAUGACGGCAAGCUGAUCGUGGUGGGCGUCGGCAAGCCGGCGGAGGUAAAAAACUCCUUCAGGAACUACAUCACUCAGAGGAUGGAGGGCUCACCCCUCAUGAACACGCUGCGGGUUCGAUCGCCCGCGCGCCUGCUGCAUCUCAGAGACCAGAACACUUUCAGCCCUGACAUCGUUUAGGAGAGACACUUAUACACAUGAUCAAGCUCUGAGGUGUUAAGUACAGUUACAGUACCUACAUAAAGAGAAACAGCACAGCUUUUUUUUUUAAAACAUUAUUUAUGAAUCACUUUUAAUUUAAAGAUGUCUUUAACCCAAAUGUAACAAAAGAUUUAUUUGUCCCUAAACAAUCAAAGUCGCUUCGAACUCAAGACACACGAACACGUUACAAUACGAAAAUAUCGUAGCAAUACAUUAACACUUUAGCCAAGGACUUUGAACUUUAGCGUUUGAUGUAUAAACAGUGUUGUGUAAAGUGUUGUUUGCCAAGUUGUUGGUUGCAUUUUUUCUAAUAGCAGUCGGAGUCGUAAUCUAUUUGCACACAUAAAUAUAAAGCUAAUAGUUGUGAGGAUUAAUAACUAGUGUAGCAUUCGUUUUAAAACUGUGAAAUUGUUAAGGGUUUUUUGUUUUUCGUGUGAUGGAAUGCAUUCAAAAACAAGAGCUAUUCUUUGAUCAUUUAUAUAAUGCAGUUUAGAUUUCCUUUUUUCGGAAUAUCAGCAGGUAUAAUGCCAGUGUUUGUGGUUCUGAAUUGGAUGAAUUAACAUGUUAAGAGCCAGAUUUACUAAACGGGGCAAAAUAGCGCAAUAAAAAAAAAGCUGCAGAUGGUAGUGGAAAUUCCUGUGGGUGAUUUACUAGGCACGCAUUAAAAAACACAGACGCAAUAUCUCAUUCCCAUAAUGAGCAGAGCAAAUUAGCGCAGGGUUUAAAGGUCUCCUCAGACGAGCACUUUCAACAAGUUGGUAUGAUUUAUUAGGGUCUUCGUGAAAUGUCUGGAACAUAUUUUGCUUAAAAACACUCAAUGGCUGUGUAAACUAAACCCUUCUUGCCUCGUCAAAAACUGCUAUGCUCACAGCAGCCCGUUUUGGUGCAUGUCUCUUUAAUUGAUAAUUAGUUACAGCUUACCUCACCCCCCUUCUGUCCGGCGUGUCAACACAACAAUGGCGGAGCUCGGUGGGUGGAACUGUGUAGAUUAAGGGGCGGUAACAUUAUAAUAAAAUCCGCAAUGGACGUCACAAUCGGAGCGAAAUCUGUACGGCUCGAUUUCUCACAUGCUUGCAGGGAAAGGCACACCAAAACAAACUUACUAGGUUCUUAUUUUUCACGUUUUCUGGGUUGCUAGAUGCACCGGGGACCCGAUUAUAGCACAUAAACACAGAAAAAGUGGGGUUUUCAUCUGAUCUCCUUUAAGACAUGCUUUUUUGGGGGCGUUAAAUAAAGCCACAAAUACCAGUACAAUGACAAGUGCAAACCUUAGUAAAUCACAUUGCGUGAUUCAUUUAAAUAAUCUCCUCCCAUCAAGUUUGUGUCUAAAGAGGAAACUCCUACAAAUGCAUAUGCAAUAAUUUUCAGCUUCAUUUUCACUGCGUGUCUUUAGUAAAAGCCGACAGUAGUUUUUUAACGCCAAAAGAGGCGCUGCGCAGCCGCAAGCUGUUUCUUUACUAAGAUAUCAGUUCUAUGUACUGUAUAAAUUGUUUGUAUACAUAGUUCAUACACUUCCAUGCAAUUAUCAUUUUUUGAUAAUAGUUUUUACUUGAUUUUAAGUUACCAGACUCUAAAGGAACAGUUCACCCUAAAAACUAAAUUUCUGUCUUCAUUUACUCACCGCCAAGUUGUUCCAAAUCUGUAUAAAUUUCUGGUAACACUUUACAAUAAGGUGCUAUUAGUUAACAGUAGCAAAUGCAUUAGCUAACAAUUAACAAUUUAGUUUUUCAACAUUUAUUAAUCCUUCUUCAUUUUAGAUCAUGUCAAUACAGUUAUUCAUGUUAGUUCAUGAUGCAUUAACUAAUGUUAACAGUGACAACAUUUGCUUGUAAUAAUGUAUUAGUAAAUGCUGAAAUUAACAUGAAUUAAUAUUAAUAGCUGUAGAAGUGUUCAUUGUUACUUCAUGUUAGCUAAUGCAUUAACUAAUUGUUAACAAAUAGCACCUUAAAAAAAAGUGUUACCAAAUUUCUUUGUUCUGAUGAACACAGAAAGAUAUUUGGAAGAAUGUUUGUAACCAGACAGUUCUUGGCCACCAUUGACUACCAUAGUAGUUGACAGAAUUAAAAAUCUACCGUUUGAUUUUUGCACUAACCUCAACAAAUCAACCAGACUUCACGUGCACUCAUGAAUCAUUUUUAUUUCCCCGUUCUUCACUUCCCCUUCUAUCCUUUAUCCUCCUCCUCUCCUCUCCUCUCCUUCAUUCCUCAGAUGCGUUCUGGUCAGAUCACGAGGAAACUCUGGGGCUCCAGUAAACGUCUCACAAAGAUCUCGUCUGGAGAAACAGAGUAUCACACCCAAGAGCAGCCCUGACCCCACCCCCAAA